AUGAAGGGGUUGUGGAAGAGCGGGGAGGGAGGGAGUGAGGAAGUGGGCAGUGGGAAAGGUGGUAGUGGGCAUUUGCAACAUGUCCAUUCGUUGCCGGUCCCCGUGCCCGUUCCGGUCCCCUCACCCCCGUGGGGGAGGAAGAGGAGGACGUCGACCACCAAGAGGCGAGCGGAAUCUGUGGAUGUCCGGCAUCCACCGACUAGGCGCAGCUCGUCCUCCAUCAGCCGCUCAGAGAGCUACCGAGAGCGCGCACAGCGAAAACAUAAUCGAGAGAAGAGGAAGCACAGCGACCCCAAUCUCCCUCCAUCCAAGUCGAAGUGA